GCCGAACAGAAAACAUCAAUUUUCUUACCAAUAGAUAAUAAUAACAAUGAAAUACAACAGAUUCAGUUCAUGAGUAAAUCUUUCUCACACAGUACUACAACACGUCAAGGUCAACAACAACAACAACACAAACAAAACAAAUCUGCCCUUGAAAUGAAUACAGACAAUGAUGAAUUAGAAUCAAUAAUCAACUUAAUGAAUACAACAUUUCAAGGUCAUCAUCAUCAUCCUCAUCAUCACUGGUUAUCUAAUAAUCCAAUCGAAGAAGAAGACGAAGCAUAUCAUCAAAAAUCUAAUCAACCAUUUCAAAUUACUACUAAUGACACGUGUCCAGCAAUCAAUGUGAAUAUGACUGCUGCAAUUGAUGAGGAUGAUGAUGCUUAUAGAAAUGAACAAACACAAUCAUUCUACCCACCAACAUCGUCAUCAUUAUUGUUAUCACAAAACAAUGAACAAGACUUGUUUAAUUAUUUGAAUGCUUACAAUCAUAAUAAUCAUUAUUAUUAUUGUUGUUUUUGUGAUGAGUGUCAAAAUAAACAAUGGAAUACUAGUCAUCAUCAUUAUCAUCCUACUACUACUUCUACUAUAAUCAAUAAAGAUUAUAAUAAAUUACAGAGAACAGAAUUAUCAAUGCAAGCAGACGAGGAACAAUUACUUUCUGACUUAUUUUUCACAUAAAUACAAUGAACACUAACUUUGGAUGAGAAGAACCUACAGAUAUAUAUAUAUAUAUAUAUAUAU